AUGAUAUUAUAUUUUAUACGGUGUGCAAAUGUACGAAAGAAAAUAUCAGACCUUGGCCUUCGCCAGUCCACUGGCAACGGACUAUUGAAGAACCGAUCGGAGACACCGUUGGCCGGCGGUCCAUCCGGAGCCCCGGUGCCCCCUUCCACGCGACCGCGGUGGCCACUUCCGACGGCUGUGGUGGCGGCGGCGGCGCUGACGUCACGCUGCGAGAAACGCUUCCGCGUGGAACGGAGUGGUAUGGCAGCAGCAAUCGCCGACGACUUCUUCUUUCCCCGCCACCACUGCGUCCUAUAUACACAUCAUAGGCGACGGCACACGACACGACGACCGUCUCCCAUAGUUUAA